AUGCCUAUAUCAGGCCCAAAGACCAUUACUCUUAAAGCUGUUCUCGAGCUCUUCACUGGGACAUUCUGCAUAUUUGUUGUCUCCGUUCUAGUCUGGAAGCUAGGGAAAUUCUUCCGUCGCUUCACCAAGGAAAAGGUCAUUGGGGGAGGAAACAGCCCUGCGCGUCGCUACACAAAAACCUGGUACGGAUGGGUUCCGCUCCAACGAAAAAAGCCCGAUAGAUCCAUAAUGCAAAGGUGUUUCGCAAAGGCUCGACAAUGGACGACAUGGAAUUCAGCGAAGAACAGUUAUUGUUCGAUUUGGUGGAGUUCUGAUCAAAAGGAGCUGGAAGCAUGCAAGCAGGACUCAAUGCGCCGUCAAAGUUUACCGACGCAUCUCAGAAAAUGCAAAGGCGGCGAGUCAUACUCCUCCCCGAAGAUGACUGGAGUUCUCCGAUUCGAGAAUGUGUCCAACACUCGUGCUGAAAGAUAUAAACUACCGAGAAGGAGACAGCGCAGGAAUGUCUCCUCUGCAAAGGAGUUGUUCAGAGAUGAUCUUCCAUCUGUAGGCCCUGCGACCCGAGGAAAACAACCCACAAUGAUUCUGAACUACUGUACAAUUCAAGCAGACAAAACUUCGGCGCGCUCGCUCAACCAUAAAAGGUUCCUCUCCUUAGAUCAGUCCGCUUGCGUCCUUACAAGAAAAGACCUCAUUUUCUAUAUUUCAAAUAAUGAUCCUUUGGCAAAACGAAACUACUCCCUUCCUUGUCUAUCAGAUCUGAAGAUUACCUUUCGGGGAAGACCAACUGACCAUCACCGAAAAUCAAGAAACCUUCGGGCAUUACGAUAUUCACGCAAAUACCAAAUUUGGUCUGCCCGGAUGGCAUUGAAUGUCCCGGAGUUUCCUCCAGGGAGAAGUGGUAAAGAAGGAAGACCCCAGGGCAAGAAGAACGCCAACCUGCAUGGGACAACGUUCGCACAAAUCACUAUCCCAUUGAGGCAUUUGAGCAACUGGGAGAUAAGGCUGAUAGACAGCUUGGACCGAAAACUUGGAUGGCUCUCUUACCAGCUUAUGCCAGGUCGAAAACCGUUUCACUUUCCCCUACUGCCCAACCAUUGGCUUAAUAUUCGCACUUGGAUCGUUUAUGACCCUGCAUCGCGUGCGCCUAUCGAUGUAAAGCGGCAGUUCGGGGAUCGCAGAUUCAAAACACCUUCGCCAACGCCUCGGCGUCCUAAACGCAAGUAUCCUAGAGUGGCCCGUGGAGUUGCCAACACGCCGCGGAUAGAAUCAUGGAGAAUAUUUGUCAAUCAAAUCAGAAAAGCAUCGGGGCUGAGAGACUUUGUCAAACGAGUUGAAUUAUAUGACGACUCGGCCGAUAACCCUCCGGAUGGAUAUAUCGAUCCAGCCUGUUGGUUAAUCCGAAAGCCACCACAAGGACAUCAACUGUCUGCCAGACAAAAUGCCACAUACUAUGAAGGGGGGACAGGCUGGCAAGAAAGAUUAGAUGAUUGGCAAAACAUCUGCCGUGGAUAUCGAAUCCGCAAGGCAAUUCACGAAGGUAGAGCCAACAGAACUAGAGCAAAGCAAACCGCAGUCGAUAUUUCUCGGUUCUGCCAAACAGCAUGGUAUCGGCGACAGAAGCAGCAGACCUGA